AGUUUCCACACCACCGCUGCUCCAAUACCGUCAAUUGCUGCUUCUUUUUCUACGUUUCCUUCAUCCUUGGUUGCUGCUCUUCUAUUGCUUUUAGAAUUGUUAAUAUGUCAGGCAUAUGCAUACAUAUUGAACAAUUGUGAUGAAGUUCAAGAAUACAUCAGAGAACAUGAGGUGGAGGUUAAUAAUCAGAGGCGAGGAUCUAGAUGGAGCAACGCUAAAAAUCAUAGUCAAAACUUCUCUCAAUGGUUUGAAACUCGUGUAUUGCAUGAGGAUGUGUCCGACCUGAUAAAACAGUUAUCCAUAGGACCAAAUUCAAUUGCCAAAAGAUAUUCUGGGUAUCUCAUUAAUGGAUAUAGAUUCCAUACGAGGCAGCGUGAUGCAAGGCAUAAAACGCAAAAUAGUGGUGUUACAUUAGAUGUCCUAAUGACAAGCUUUGCAAGCUCAAAGGAUAAAACUCCAGUUGAUGCGAAUUUGACUUAUUAUGGCAGAAUAAUAGAUAUAGUUGAGUUAGACUACUAUGGCCAUUUUAAGGUUGUGUUGUUUAAGUGCGACUGGUAUGAGGUUGAAGAGGAUAUUAAAGGCCUUACUUAUGUCUACUUCAAUAAGAAAUGCUAUCAGGAAGAGCCUUUUAUUCUAGCAUAUCAAGCACACCAAUGCUUCUGUGUGCAAGAUCCAUAUGAUCAAGAUAAACAUUAUGUUAUGAAGACUGUCCCGAGAGACUUGUUUAGCAUAAGUGGCCAAAUUGAAUCUAAUGCCCUACACUGUUAUGAAAAUGAGCCGUCUGAACAUUUGGCGGGCCCAUCUAUGCCGGAUGAUAAUGGUGAAGUUGUCUUAAUAAGGAAUCAUUUACAAGCAAUGAUUAUUGAUGUGCCUCCAAAAGGAUUUCUUGUAUAACAACUUGAAAUUGAAUCGGAAGACGAGUUUAAAAUAGAGGAUGAGUUUGAAUCGGAGGACGACGAGUUGGAUUUUGAGGAUACAUUAUGAGUUUGAUUAUAAUUCAAAUAGAAUAUAGCUCAGCCCUUUCUUGAAUAACGACUAAAGGUACAUUAAAGAUUAGUAGAUACUUGCUUUAGACUCGCAUGGAUGAUAUUUGCUUGCCGAUGUUUCCUUGUAUAUUUUGUCAUGUUCUAAUAUUAAAUUUUAUUUUUGUUGA